UUAAGAAGAUCAACCACAAACUAUCAGUUUGCAUAUAACAUGAAAACCAAAUAUUAAAAAUAAAGUUUACGGAUAACAAACUUCCCGCGCGAAGCGCGGACUUACCCUAGUUUAUAAUGUAAAGAUAUAUGUAUAGUCCAACACCAUAACGUGAUUUCUACAAAAUAUUGCUAUUUCUUAUUAAUUUUUGAUGGCUGUUCUGUAGAUUCCGCAGUUUCUGGGGUUCUUUUACAAAUAUUAAAUAAUUUAAGGGCAUAUAAUAUAUUUUGCAACUUUAAAUAAUAAGGAAAAAAGACAGAGAGAGAAAAUCAGAAAACCUAACUCAUUAAGCAAAAAAAAAAAGUGAAUCUUCGCUGUCAGGAACGAACAAGAAGGAAGAUGGGAUUGUUCUCCAACAAGAUCUCCAGAGAUGAGCUCAAGGCAGGAGAUCACAUCUAUUCAUGGCGUGCUUACAUCUACUCCCAUCACGGAAUCUAUGUAGGAGAUGGGAAAGUCAUUCACUUCACUCGUCGAGGUGGUCUUGAGAUCGGAACCGGUACUUAUCUGGACACGAUCAUCCAGGUUUCUGUUCCUCGUCACGGAGGAGACAACCCUUGUCCUAAUUGCGGAGACCAAUCGACUCUCGACGGCGUAAUCUCUUCUUGUCUCGACUGCUUCCUCGCCGGAGGAAACCUCUAUCUCUUCCAGUACGAUGUCUCCAAGGCCAUCCUCGUGGCCAAACAGCGUGGCGGUACCUGCACCACCGCGCCUUCGGAUCCUCCCGAAGAAGUCGUUCACCGCGCGAAGUACCUUUUGUCGGGUAACGGGUUUGGCGAGUACCAUCUCUUGGACAACAACUGUGAGGAUUUCGCGAUCUAUUGCAAAACUGGUCUGCUUGUUUUUUCCGUCACCAAGUCUGGGAGUAGCAGCCAAGUCAACUCGGUGUGUGCAGCUGGCGGUAUCGCUUCUUUGACGCUCAGGUAUUUAGGGGUGGGAAGGACUGCUGGUCAAGUGGCUUCGUUGGCGGUGUCUCCAGCUUCGGUGGUUUCUGCUGCAGCCAGUGCUGUUUCGACGACGCUUGGGUUUGUAACUACUGGUUUUGCAGGCAUGGCUGUGGCCGGAUACAGUAAGUACUGUAUUGGUCGUGUGGCUUACGACGUUGGUGUGAGAAAGGAUGUCCGCAAGGUCCCUGUGGAAGAGCUUGCUACACUUAUGGCAUUUCUAGAUGGCAAUUUGGACAAUAACAACAACGACGACAAAAACAAGUAGUUCAAAAUUACUCAAGUACUUGUUUCAUGGAUGGUUGAUGACUAAUCUGUUGUGUAAGAGACUUUGCUUAUGCCUUUGUAUUGUGUAAAACUGUAUUUUUAACUUAUUUGUGCAAGUGGCAAAUACAGUCAAAACAAUAUUAUUAUUUUCAAGAAUUAAACUCUUCAACAAGACA